AUGAGAUAUGGAAGUCUCUGUGAUUUGGGUCCACAAGGGUGGCAACUGUUCCAUGGCCUUAACAUGCUUAUAAACCCAUUAGUUCAUCAGAAUGAGGUGCUGGAGUUCAUGGCUUACCACCACCACCAUCUGAACUACCUGCACUCUUCCUAUGAUUUCUCUACGAAAACAAACUCAUCCACCCUCAAAUUCAAAGCCUUUCUCCGAUCCUACCUCGUUCCACACAUCCGGCAUGUCCUCCAAGCCCUCACCAACGCCAAGUCCAUGGUGGUGGAGCUCGUCAACAGGAGGAGCACCCGCACCGGCAUCUACAGGAUCAAGCGGAGGAGGAGAAGCAAGAAGGAACUCUUCAGCUCCAUCAAGCCAUACCUCCACCGGCCCUCGUCGCACAUCACUCCCAUCCCAGAUCCGCCGGAGACAGAGGAGUUCGACGUGAGUCAGUGUCUGUACUACGACUCUACCUGGAAUUCGAUGAUCUCCACGGAUGACAUGGGCUGCGACAUGGACCCGCCGGCUUCUGAGCACCUCCACUGGCUUGACGAGAAGACUGCCGAAGCCUCCACAGGAGAUGAUGACGAUGGCUGUGGCGGAAAUGAGAUCGACCGACUGGCAGAGAAGUUCAUAGCAAGCUGCUAUGAGAAGUUUAGGCUGGAGAAGCAGGAGUCUUAUAGGAGGUACCAAGAAAUGCUUGCAAGAAGCAUGUGA